GCGUGCCUUUCGUGCCUUCUUUCCACAUUGCGUUUUCGUUCCAUUUCCGAACGAAAUCGCAACACUUAGCAAUUCCGCUUGCGAAGAGAGCGGAGGCGCGACCAAUUUCGAAGAUUGCCGCUACGUGAUCCUCCGUGUUAUUAUUCUCGAGUUUUCCGGACACCGGACGGGGGACACGGUGGGGAUGUUGUGUUCGUUUAUAAACGGUGCUGCUACAGCCGGCAAUGUUUCAGUCGUUUUUUCGCCUCGACCGGUGAGUAUAGUUUCGCCUUCGUCGUGCCACAGUCAGCGCGGACACAGCCUGCGUUUCCUUUCACCUGCGUGAAUCAUGAAGUCGAUCGUUUUACUAGCGUUGGUCGUCGCGUGCGCCCUCGUCUUGGCCGAGACGGCGAGCACCUCUUCCUCGACGAAACCGGUCAAAGAGCCGAAGGAGAUCAAGGAGGCCGCGACGGCUUCGAAGGACGUGAAGGCCGCCAAGGAGGCGGCGAAGAAGAAGAAGGACUGCGCGCGCGAAUGCGGCACGGCGUACGAGCCGAUUUGCGCCCAUGAUCCGAACGACGCCACGUCCAAACCGAGAACGUUCGGAACAGAGUGCGCCCUCAACGUUCACAACUGCGAGAUGGGGACGAAAUUGGUGAUGAAGAGCAAAGGCGAGUGUCCAGGAUCCGGCGGCGUGAGGCUCUCUUGAACGGCAACCUCGAAGGAUCGCGUCACCUCGCAUCAUUCUUCACGAUCGAGGGAAAAACAAUGCUUGAGCAAUUAUCUUAUGUAUUAACGACGGGCUUGUGAUUUUUUUGUCUUUUUAGCUUUAGAUUUAGCUGAGAGUGUGAAAAUAAAAAGAAAUGGCAAGAAGA